AUGGGAAAGAGAACGGGAGGGGGUGGGGCCACGGGGAGCGCGCACGGGCUGAGGCUGAGGACUGGGAGGUAUUGGGCACUAGUGUGUGUGUGUGGGGGGAGGGGGCGGUGGUACAACUUGAGAUCAGCGCGCUCGGUAGAAAUGCCCAGCAGGGGGUCGCCGCCCGAGGACCGCGCCGGGCUGUUCUCCGCAGACCACUCGACGCUGCACAAGGAGGAUCUCAGCAGCAAGAUUAAAGAACAAAAAAUUGUUGUGGAUGAACUUUCUAACCUGAAGAAGAACAGGAAGGUAUAUAGGCAGCAACAGAACAGCAACAUAUUCUUUCUUGCAGACCGAACAGAAAUGCUUUCUGAAAGCAAAAAUAUAUUGGAUGAACUGAAAAAAGAAUACCAAGAAAUAGAAAACUCAGAGAAGACCAAAAUCAAGAAAUAGUCAACUUGAUUUCACAUAACAAUGUGUGGCAUUUGUUGUUCU